CUUUUUGUACUUGACUUUAAGUAAAAUUAUUGAAACAAAUGGCAGAGUGAAGACAGAUAAGGAAAGGCCAACAACGAAACUAGCGUCAAUACCGUCUACUGUAACUAAAAAAAGUUCCUGUUCACAAAGUGCCAGAAUAUCCUUUUCAAUACUUUUUGGUAACAUCCGUAUUUGGAAACAGAAAUUGACAUGGCAGGUUAACGUAAGAUUAUUGGAUGCCAGUGGAACAUGGCUUUGCUCUACUAAGAGUAUUGAUGUGGAAGAGCUGUGAAAGAGAAACAUUUUGGCCAUGGGGACACCCAAAGUCCCCACCAUGCACCAUCUUCAGCAUGAGGCAAGACCUCUAAAGUGCCAAAUAACAACACCUGACGAACCUUCUCAUCAUACAGAAUCUCCCAUUGAUACUAAAUAUAUUGUCUCACUUCAAGUUCAGUCAGUAAUGCGAAAGCAUAGGACAUCACCGAAGGUUAUACUCAAAGCUAGCAUAACUUCUGUCCUUGCUAUAACCAUUGGUUUUAUAGUGCUUUAUACCUUUUUAUUGAGGUAUUUCCCACCAACAGUACCAUACCACAGCUCACACAAAAGUCGAAUUAAAUUGAUUCCAAAAUUUGGCGGAUCAUCAAAAUUUGCUGCAAUGGAGAAUCAUUAUUAUAGUCUUAAAUGGAAUAUCACAGAGAUUUUAGGAAAUACUCCAGGAAAUAUAUGCAAAAGUGGUAUAGAAUUUUUAAUUCUUAUAGUGUCUGCACCAAAAAAUGUACAGAAUAGACAAAUUAUAAGAGAGACUUGGUGUAAUCCAGUUUUGUACAAACAUUCCCAGAAUGCAUGGCAGUGUUUGUUUCUUAUAGGUAAAGUAGACUCUAGUGACUUACAUGACAGUUUACAAGAGGAAUUCAAGUCUUUCAGAGAUAUAAUAUCAGGCAGCUAUACAGACUCUUAUAGAAACUUGUCGCUAAAAGUGAUGCAAGGAUUCCACUGGGCAAGCCGGUAUUGCCCAGCCAAAUUCAUAUUGAAAACUGACGACGACUGUUUUGUUCAUACUCAUAACUUAUAUAAUAUCAUAAUACACCAUCAAGAUGCAAACAGUUUAUAUAUGGGUCACGUCCAGUCAGACCCUAAUCAGCGUAAAGUUAUACGUGAUCAAGACAGUAGGUGGCAUGUGCUAAAAGAAGAAUAUGAGGAGGAAACAUAUCCUCCUUAUGUGAGUGGUGUAGGGUAUUUACUCUCUGCUGAUGUUGUCAAAAAAGUUGUUAACAUUAGUCAGUACAUAAAAAUCAUUCCAAAUGAGGAUGCUUACAUGGGAAUUUUAGCUCAGGAAGUGAACAUUCCCCCAACAAUUAGUGCUAGAUUCCAGUUGGCAUCGACUGGAUGGUCUAUGUGUAACUACAUGUACCUGCUUGCUUUUCACAGGGUUGAAUACAAUAAACAGAGGGAAGUGUUUGAUAAAACUCUCCAAGCUUUACAUGAAUGUAAAAAUACUCCAAAACUUACUUGGAACUAAUACCUUACAAUUAAAAAACUCCAGGACUUUAGUUCACUUCAGGAAAAAACAGCAUUGAUUUUGUAUUCAUCUAUACAGUCUACAGCUAUUACACAAAGAUUGUCAGUAAAGAAUUUACACAUUGUCAGUAGAGAACUUACAGUCUUACACAUUGCAAUUGUCAUGCAAUAAAGAACUUAUUCAAGAUUGUCAGUAAAAAACUUACUCACAAUUUUCAGUCAAGAAUUUACACACAAUUGUCAGUAUAGAACUUGCCCACGAUUGUCAGUAAAGAACUUACACAAGAUUGAGAUUAAUUUUUUUUGUUAUUAAUAAUUAAAAUCUGAUCAUGAAUCAUGUUAUUUCAUUUAUGUAUAUAAACAUAUGACACACACACAAAAGUUUUUCUUCAAAAUUGUGAAAAAAGUCAUACUUUCAAAGUUUGACUGACUUAAUAUACUUGAUAUAAAGUUGCUUUGUUUUUAUUGAAGCAUUCAUUAUGUUUAUGUUGAUAAAACAAUUUUAGUUAUAGAGCUGCAUCUGUUAAAAAAUUGGUAUGAAGAAAGCAGAUGCAGUGAUUGCCCCUUAGGAGAGCAUGAUCUAAUAUCAAUGAUGAGGUCUUUUAUUAGGGAUUGUUCACCUAAUGACGCCCCACUUGUAUUAUUAUGAUCUGAAAGAAAACAUUAAAUCAAUCAAUUAUCAUGAUUCUUGCAUUUGGUGUGAAGAAAAGUGAACUAUAUAUCUUCCACUUUUCCAUGUUUGGCAAACCCUGAUCAUGAGUAUUUCUGGACUUGCACUAAAUUUGGAAACAUUAUUUUCAAAAGUAUUCACAAAAGGGGAGAUAUAAGUUGUGCACUAAGCAGAUGUAACCCUGAGUUGGUUAAAAAGUUUGACAUUUAUUUGUGAGUGAAAAAUAUCAUAUGGAAGCAAGAACCAUUAAAUUUUUGAAGAAAAUUGUUUCUAAAGGCAAAAUCAGUGGGUUUCCACAUAUGUUUCAUAUUUUUCUAGUUAAACCAAUUUUAAUUUAGUUUUAUAUCUAUGAAGUUUCAUCAUGUUCAUGAAACUGGUAAACAGUAUUUGUCAAUGACAUUACUAUGUUAUUUUGAUAUUAAGUUGAACGUUUUUUUUUUCUAUCUUAAUUUUAAUUCAGAUGAAUUGAAAUCUAAAAAAAUAAUACAAAGUUUUUAAAAAAUUGGACAAAACAAGGCUUAUAAAAAUUGUCUUUAAAAACUCUGAAAUUUUCUAGGUGAAAUAAGCAGAGAUGAUCGUAAGUUACUUAACCCCUCCCCUUCCCAUCCAGUCAUGAUAUUUUGAAAUUUCAACUCUCUAAACUGAUGGACCAGCUUCUGCAUUGUUGACCAUGUCAGUCAUGGGUAGUCAAGGUUGUUAGACACCCCUGUAGUUGCCAUUGACUCAAUUGUAAGUUUGUAUUACUACAGUGACCAUUUAACUUUAUACAUUCUUUUCAAAGGUUGAUAGAAAGAAAUGGCAUUUAAAGAAUUAAAAAUCAUAAACAGUCAUACAUUUUUCAAUAAAUCUCACAUAACAUGGUAAUGACAGAAUCAUGAAUCUCAACAUAUUUACUAAAUAAAUGACAUUGAUAUUUUAAAGGUGCAUUGUGAAUACACAAUAAGAAUGCAUUCUAUAAUGUAGCUUAUUAUGUUUGUCACAUUCUUGUAAUUUUUAUGAAGAUCUGGAAUUUUUAUUCAUAAUUAACUUUUUAAAAGGUAUACAUGUAUGUAGGAUGAUUAAGUAAAGUUAUGAGACAGACAUAAUCUUUAUAUGAUAUUCUUUUGUGGAUAUAACAAUAUUUCUGUGUGCAAUUUUUGCUAGUUUAAGAUCUGAAAGUGUCAAAUAAAUGGUUAUAUAAAUUAUUUUAUGUGCUGCAUAAUAAAACUGAAAAAUGUUGAAAAACAUAAUACUCAACUUCCUAGCUCAGCAUUUUUUUUACAAGAAAUAGAAAGUGAAUCAAGAAAUUUCAUUAGAUGAUAUUAUUGUUAGGUCUUUUAUUUUCAUAUUUUGAAUGUAAGAAUUUGAGUGUAAUUCCAUGUGUGAAAGAGGCAAUUAUCACUAUUGAUAAAAUUUACACAAAACCUUUUUUUGUAUUUUCAUAAAAAAAACACCAAAAAUGAAAUUCAGAUGUUAUUAUGAUGAGCUUUAUGGGGUUUUAGUUUUACUUUCAUUUUUUACAUGAACUAUAUUAAUGUCCAUGUUAUCUCCCCCUUUACAUUCCUGAGUUAUAUAUCUGUAAAACCUUUUUUAGAGCACCAUAAUAUAUGUUGGAAAGACUAUUGAUGUUGGAGAUUAUGUGUGAUUUUUUUACCUGUGCCACCUGAUUCUUUCCUGGAGUAAUACUUUAAAUGGCAAUAUAUCUAUUUCAUAAUUCUAAUUUAGGCAUGUAUAACGGCAAGGACAUUUACAUCAUAUAUGUGGCAGUAAAAGUGAUAACAGUGCCUCACUUUAAUCAGUAUAUAUAUCUGUUUAGAUUGAAUCUGUGUCAUUGUAUGUCUCAUUGGAAAAAAACUGUUUACUUGUGAUAAAGUUUUAACAUAUCACACUACAUUGCAGUUUGAAAUCUGUCAAUUGAUUCCUUUGUUCAUGGCUUUAUAUACAUUUUUGUUUUAAAUGCCUGGUGCAUAUAUGUUUUUUUAUUUUAGAUCUUUCUUGACAAGACUAUGUACAAUAGAUAUCUUUCUUUUUUAUUGACACAUUUUGAGCAAGAGUAACUUCCCUUUUGUCACCAUGUUGGAGGCUUAAGGGCAUACGAUACAGUUUUGAUCCCACAGUGAUUUUUUUACGAAAAUUUGCAUACAAGCUAUUUUCACCCAGUCAAUUCAAAUAUGUAAUAAAAAAUAUACCUUCAUGUGCUACUCAAACUCAAAUUCCGUCUUUUCAUUUGAAACCUAUCUAUAAUAUAUUGAUCUGGCUAUUGUUUGGUUUCACUACUUGAAUGGGAUAAAUCAAACUGGGAUAUAGACAGACAUCCGUUUUGAAUUUUCCUUGGUGUUUGAUAUUUUUGUUAAUUUACUUUUUACAAUAAUUUUCACAAUUUAAAAAAAAAAAUAUCCUUCAUUUGAGGAAAUCUCUAAUUCUUCCAUAAUUUAAAACAUAACAAGGAAAACAACUAUUAUUCAUUGUCCCAAAAGAUGUUAGUUGGUCAUUUAAGAGUAAAAUAUGAUGGUCAGUGAAAGUUUCUUUUAUUGCAAUUUGCCUAUUUAGGAGAAUUCAUAUCAAUAUUUUGGUUGACAAAGUACAAAAUAUUUGAAUAUUUGAAUACAAUUACUGUAGUUGUCAUGCUUUUCAUGGGUCCCUAUUUGUUUAAGUAAAUUUCAACUCUGUGACAAAUUUUUAAGGGUAAAUAAAGUAACGAACAGAUUAAUUAAUGUAGGCCUUCGUUUUAUCUUUAUAACCCAUUUGGCCAAAGAAAAAAUAUGUGAUCAUCACUAGGAGUAAGUACAUGUAUGUGUCUGGGAAACUAUAAGCAAUGUGAACAUAAUGUAGUAAUCAAAACUGUAACUAACUUUAUUUGAAUAUACUGCCAAUACAAUUUAGUAUUCAAUGUAUUAAAAUGUGGUAAACAUUAAUUCAUGUCUGAUCAAAACCAAAUAUUGUUAGGAUGAACUUAAUACUUUGGCAUCAAGAGUUUUUAUUUUUGUUUGAGAAACAUGAUUAUGUCAUUUUCCAAAAGAAAGUUUCCAGGGAAUAUAGGGUUCAUGCCUGUCUGGACUAACCUUUUGUACUAUGUUAGUGCAAUUUAUUCAAAUAUUAAAUCCACCAAUAAAAACUUGAGGUCAUGAUUUAGCCAAGAAUUCUUAAAGUGGUGUUAAAAAUCAUAAAUCAAUCAAUCAAAUAUAAAAGAAUAAUGUUCUACACAGUUUUUUGUUAAGUAUCCUAAUGUAUGGCCUUCAAAUUUGGAAUUAAGCCUUGUCCAACUCAAUUUAUAUGGUCAAGUUGAAACAUGAACAUGAAACUGGGAACAUUAUUAGAUCUUACAGAAGCAGAUGUAGAUCAUAUGUUCAUUCAUUGUGUUUUGCAGGAUUAUAUCCUUAAAAAGGAAAUGUAUACUCAAUCAAUUACCCAAUGGUUAGUAUUCCUGCUGAAAAAGUCAUUUGUAGUUUGUUUAAUGGUAGAAAUAAAAGAAAAAUUUAAGUCUUUAUUAUGUGAAAAUUUAUUUCAUUUAGUACAAUCUUAAGGUACAUUGUUUUGUUUCAGAAUUUUUCUUGUCUACCUGUUAAUUAAUUUACCUUCAUUUUUGAAACAGCAAAUAUUCAGAGGUCAUAAAGAGGAUUAAUACCAUAUGGAGUAAGAACCUUAUUGGUAAAUGUUUUAGAUGUCUUUUGGUUAUUUUUGUCAUCAGGUUGCUAUAUCAUUUAUGUAUACCCCACUUAUCCAUUUAUUCAUAGUCUUUCAUUAAAAAAUGUUCAGAAGUUGUCCUAUUCUUUAAUGUAUUGAUGAAUAAAAUCAACAAGGCAAUGCAAAUAUUUGAUUUGGCCAGUUUUAAGAGCAAAUGAAAUGUCCUUAAUAACAAUGCAACACAUUUUGUGUUUGUCAACAAGCAGAGAUUUGAAAAUACAUCAACAAAACUCCUGUUUUCUGUGUUUUACUUGUAAUAUAGAGACCACCAGAACCUACAAAGUACUCAAAUGUAGAGGUCCUUGCAUUGUCCUAGUGUUUCUUAUAAUCACCUUUGAAUUUUUUCCUCCUCUCUUGAAAUUAUUCAUCACCACCUUUUUAUGUUUUAAACUGAAUAUUAAGGACUUUAAAGUUUGAAAUAGUACUUUAUUUUUUAAUUUCACGACAGCUAUUCAGAACUUAACUUUAUGUAGUUUUUGUAGAAAACUUGUUCUCAGUUUACUUCCAUGUGCAUUAAGUAAAACAUUUAUUCUGUGGUUAUCCCUGAAAUAAAGAAAUAAAACACCUAAAUAGCAAGAAGCAUGGUAAAAUUAUUGUUUUGGUUUAUGCUGUUCAACCAAUGUUUUAUUUUUACAAUCUGAUUUGCAUAAUUUGUAUUGUUGCAUACAAUUCUGUUAUUUUUUUACAUUGUUGAUAUCAUCCUUUGUUUUGUGUUCUCAGAUCUUAUUUUCUGUUGAUGUGAAUUAAGAUAUGGUAGAUGGUUUCUGUUUAACAAUAAUAAAAACAUAAAAUAAAUA